AUUCAGGUGUCGGUGAGGAGGCAGGACUGAUUAGAUAUCUGCGCUGUCCGGUGUCUAUCAGUCGGUCAGUCGUUCUGUCGGUCGUUCCGUCGGUUGUGUCGGGAUCGCGCGUCAUCCUCCCGCCCCUCGAUCGCAGCAUCAGUCCGCGCGCUGCUCGCGCCCGCCGCUCUCCAUCCAUCCUUCGCAGCGGUUUAUAUUCGAUCAGAAUCAGAGCACCGUUCAGAUCGAUCAGAAUCAGAGUCAGAGCACCGUUCAGAUCGAUCGCUCGCUCGCGCUGCGGUGGAAUGAUAAAGACGCUGCUCGGUCACGGACGCUAGCGGCGACACACCGGGGAUUUUGGGAUUUCUCAGCGGCAUCUGAAGCGGAAUCAUGACGGCCACCAAAGAGCAGCAAAGCCAGAGACCGAAUCCACAGGACGAGGUAACGAACGGCAUCUUCUCGCGUUACGCGGUGCUUUUUCAUCUCGUUAGUGACCUGUUUUUCCCGAAUCCGGAUCUGUCGGGCAUGAGUCCUCCUCAGAGGAACUGGAAGGGGAUCGCGAUCGCUCUGCUGGUCAUUCUGGUGGUCUGUUCUCUCAUCACCAUGUCUGUGAUCCUCCUCACUCCAGUGGAUACGCAGCCCGGCAGUGACACCAAGCUGACGGUGGAAGAUAUUUUCAGCGCAGAUUUCUACGUACACGACCCUGAAGCUCACUGGAUCAACGAAUCUGAGGUCAUCUACAGAAAUCACCACGGUCAUGUAAUCAGGUUUAACAUCCUCACGAACGAGACCGAGAUCGUGCUGAAGAACACCACAUUCGAUACUUUCAAAGCCACCAGAUACUCCAUAAGCCCAGACAUGAAGUAUGUGCUUUUCGCCUACAAUGUCAAACAGGUUUACCGGCACUCUUUCACGGCGUCCUACAUCAUAUACAGUAUUCACACCAGGGAGGUUCUGCAGCUGGAUCCUCCGGAGGUCUUGAACUCUAAACUGCAGCACGCGGCGUGGGGUGUUCAGGGCCAGCAGCUGGUGUACAUAUUUGAGAAUAAUAUUUACUAUCAGUCGGAUGUCAGGAGUAACUCGCUGCGACUGACCUCAUCUGGGAAAGAGGGCGUCAUCUAUAAUGGCAUCGCUGAUUGGCUCUAUGAAGAGGAGGUCCUGCACACGCAUGUGGCGCACUGGUGGUCACCUGACGGCGAGCGCUUGGCAUUUCUGGUCCUGAAUGACAGUCUGGUGCCAAACAUGCCAUUGCCCACUUUCACCGGCUCUACGUACCCUAAAGGCAAACGGUACCCAUAUCCGAAGGCUGGGCAGCCCAAUCCCAUGGUGAAACUGUUUGUGGUCAAUCUGUACGGACCGACACACACUCUUGAACUCACACCACCAGAUGAGCUCAAGCUCAGGGAGCACUAUGUGGUGAUGGUGAAGUGGAUCAGUAAGACCAAGACAGCAGUGCGAUGGUUAAACCGAGCACAGAACGUCUCUAUACUGACCGUCUGCGACUCCACCACUGGAGCCUGCAUCAAGAGGCAUGAGGAAACAUCAGAAGUUUGGCUCUCCAGACAGAAUCAGGAGCCAUUCUUCUCUCGAGACGGCAGCCGUUUCUUCCUGACGGUGCCAGUGAAGCAGGGAGGACGAGGAGACUUCCAGCACGUGGCCAUGUUCACCUCUCAGGCGCGUGCAGAUCAGAAUGAGCUGCGGCACCUUACAUCAGGGAACUGGGAGGUGACGCAAAUUCUGGCUUACGAUGAGAACAGCCAGAGCAUAUUUUUCCUGAGCACCGAGGGCUCCUCGACCCGCCGGCAGCUCUUCAGUGUGUCCACAGGGGGCCUGUUUCCACGCCGGUGUUUGACCUGUGAGCUCAAUAAAGCUCACUGCACGUUCUUCAGUGCUGAUUUCAGCCCCACUAAUCAACAUGUCCUGCUUCACUGCAAAGGUCCAGGAGCUCCGACAGUGAUCAUACACACUCUGAACACAGCCAAUUAUUAUAUCCUGGAGAAUAACUCUGUGCUGAGAGCUGUUCUCAGAUACAAGCGAAUCCAGCUGCUGGAGUACAGAAGCGUCCAGACCGACCACUUUGAAUUGCCGCUGAAGAUCGCCUAUCCACCCGAUUUCUCUGAGUCCCGUAAUUACGCACUUCUGCUGAUGAUUGACGCUGCCCCCGGUGGUCAGCAGGUGAAUGACCGUUACUCACUGGAAUGGGACUCAGUCCUGGUCAGUUCAGACAAUGUGAUCGUAGCUCGUCUGGAUGGCAGGGGAAGUGGCUUCCAGGGUCAGAAGCUCUUACAGGAAGUGCACAGGCGUCUGGGAUCCGUGGAGCUACAGGAUCAGCUGGCCGCCAUCGAGUACCUGCUGAAAUUGCCGUACAUCGAUCGAACCCGGAUUGGUGUGUUUGGCCAGGGUUAUGGAGGAUAUGUUGCACUCCUGCUGAUUAAAUCCACGGAGAACUUGUUUAAAUGCGCAGCAGCCAUGUCUCCUGUGACAGACUGGAGUUUGUACGCCUCGGCCUUCUCUGAGCGCUAUCUGGGUUUCCCUCUUCAGGAUGACAGCAGAUAUCAGUUCUCCAGUGUGCUGCAGAAUCCACAGGGUUUUAGAGAGCAGACGCUCAUGCUGCUCCAUGCCACUGCAGACGCAAAUGUUCACUUCCAGCACACGGCCGAGCUCAUUAAGAACCUGGUGAAGGUGGGAGCGAAUUACACACUGCAGAUUUAUCCAGACGAAGGUCAUUUCUUGUCUAAGAGCAGCCAGCGGCACGUGGCUUCAACACUGAGCAGCUACUUCAGAUCCUGCCUGCAGGAGGAGGUGCUUCCCAUCAGUGAGGAGGAGGAGGAAGAGGAAGAGUAGAGUGAAGAAGAGACGCAACACAGAAACAUACGCAGACACUGACACACACACACACACACACACACAUCAGGACAAUGAAACACACUGGACAAGCAUCCAGAGAACACUCAGAUAAACAGAGAGAGCCAGGAGUGAGUGUGUGUGUGCGUGUGUGAGUGAACAUGUAUAUAUGCAUGUGUGUAACUGUUAGGAAGGAUGUAUGCAUUAGAACUGUGUGUGUGUGUGUGUGUGUGUGUGUGUGUGAGACAGAGAGAGUGUUUCUGGCCUAUGAAUCAUUAUCGCUGGAAAUGGAUUGGAAUAUUUCACAUAUCAUAAAUCACUAAGAUCUCUGAUUGGCGGAAGCAUUGGCCAAUCACAGCACAGACUGUCGGGUGGAGCUGCUCCAGUCAUUGCAUGGUCCUUUUGCUUUGCUUCACUUUUUUUGCCACUUUCUGUCUGUCGGUAUGUUGUCACCUUCCAGAGGAGCUGCAUUUCUCACCGUUUCUCCACUCGCUGGGAAGAAGAAUAAUUCCAUUCAUUGAAAGCUGAAGGAUGCUUGUGAAGAGAGCGAGGCCUCGGCAGCACACGUGCAUGACGCUCUGUGUGUAUGUGCAGUGCAUUGUGGGAUGGUGCUGCUGUGUGCUGGACAGAAGAGGGCGCACCGAUGUGUUUUUGGACAUUCAUCAGACGGAUCUGCUCAGACUGUUUUGGAUCAGUUUAUUUGUAUUGCUGACUGUUUAGUUUUACUGUUGGUGGGUGGGGUGAGGGUUUGGGUUGAUUGUUAUCGUCCUCUAGUUAUAACAGUCAUGUCUAUAAAUAAACAACUAGUCCAAAAACAGCACAGUUUGGUUUUGAAGUGCUAUAUUUUAACAUCUGAGUCACGCAGCCAGACCGUAGCAGGAGGACCGCUAACAUCAGGCACGAUUAUGAGAACACAUUCACAGACGGCCUGGAGUGAGUGAAUGUUGCAUACUUCAGCUCAGUUAUUGGAAAAAGACAUGCUUAGAUUUGCAUUACUUUGGAUGUCUGUUAUUUCUUGAAUAUAGUUGACAGGACUGGAAUCUGUCCUGUGAGCGUCAGGUGUUAACCGCUGCGCUGCAGGUAAAGAUGUGCUACUGAACAUCACUGAAAAUGGCAGUUCAUUGGUUAUUUACUCGUCCUGGUGUCGCUCUAAAGCUGUCUGACCUUUCUUUCCUCGGCAGCGAACAGUGACCUUUCUCAAGCUCAUAAGUGCUGAUCAUAAAAUAUCGUAAAAUACUCCCAUAUCUAUAGGAUUGUCCCUGUAACUCAUCCACUGGCCUUGGAAACAUUAAUGAAUACUGACACUAAACAAGCAAUUUGCUGCUUAAUUUGGCAUGUAGUUCAUAUCAGGAUCGCUGAAUUUCCAGCCAGUGGCGGUGGGAACAUUUACAUAGGUUUUGUGCAGAAAAUGAACCUAGUUAUACACAUAAAACAAACAGAAAUCAUCUUAAAAUGCUUCAUUGCAUUGUCUAAGUCAAGUCACCUUUAUUUAUACAACGCUUUAUACGAUACAGAUUGUGUCACAGCGGCUUCACAGUGUUAAUCAGGAAAAUGGUAUUUCAAUGAUGCAAACAAAAUUCAAUUCUGCUGUAAAGUAGCUCUGAAAAGACCACAGUAGUAACAGUCAGUUUUUCAAUUAAAGUCAGUUCAUUGUUUAUUAACUGUGUGAUGUUCAUCAUUUAUGGAAUGUAUAUCUGAAGGAUUGGAGUCUGUCGAGGAAACAUGAGCUCAUUGAUUAUUCCUGACCGCAGUUUCUGUAAGUGUUUAGUUCCUGUGUGGGAAUGCAUUGUAACUUCAGUUUAGUGGAAAAAUAAUUUUUUUAUGUAUCAAUAGAAUGUGACUACAAGAAUAUUUUCAAAUAAAGUUGCUCAAAAAGCUGCACCAAAACUAUCAUAAAGAGUGUUUUAGUGAAAAGCUCUCACAUCACACUAAUACAGCAGCAAACUUUACAUUUAUUUUUCUUAAGGUUUCAUAAUAUUCAUCUGAUUUAUAUACCAUUUUAUUCCUAAAAAAUAUGAUGAAAAUUUAUUUUUUUCCUGAUUAAAAGAGACUCCUUGAACCUUUGUUACUAUAGAUAAGACUGUGCUUAUACAUACUGUAUUAUAUAUCCACACAUAUACCAGCCAUAUUUUGUUGAAGAGUU